GGAAACUUGACCAUGGGGAAACGAUUUCGGAAAAUGAGAUCGCUCUGUUGCUGCGUCUCUCCUCGAUUCAAGUCUCUCACUCCUCAUCCUCUCUUCUCCCGGUAUGAAGAGGACACCUGGACUGAGGUUGCCAAGUAUUUGGAUGGGAAAUCUUUGUUAAUGCUUGCAACAACUUGUAAGUGGUUCCAUCAUGUCAUCAUGGUUGAGAGUGUUUGGAAGCAUGCUUGUUUGCGUGACCUUGAUGUGCCUGAUCCUGGAAAAGUGGGCUGCAAAUGGAUCCAACUCUAUGCUACAGCCUUUGACUGGAUGCGCAUUGGAGCUUUUGUGUUUGAUUCACAAGCUGCACUUCUCACAGAAAAUCUAAUUGCCCCUUUAAGAAUCCCAAAAGAAGAGACAACACAAGAUAUGGUGGCUCAGAAUGGCAAAUGUGUGGCAAGUCCUAUCAGGAGUGGCAUCUGGCUUGCUGGAACUAUGCAAACACUAGAUGCAAGGCACAUCGAGUUGUUCUUGAGUGAGGGGUACCAGGAUGGGAGUUGGGACUAUGAGUUGCUGGGGUCCCAUGAGGUGAAGAAGAGAGCAGAAGGAACAACUGCUGCAAUUUUCGAUAUCAAACAUCUCCAAGAUUGCACCACCCAAAUGGUCCUUGAUUUUAAGUCAUGGAAGGGGAAGGAGAAUGAGUGGCAGCCUAAAUCUAUUGUAGCCCGACACGCAGUUGCAAUCAACACCAACUUACAGUUAAAUGAAGUGCAUUUACUAUGUUGCAUUUCUGCUAUAAAGAGGAACUGAUUCCCAUGACAAUUUUACAAAUCGGCAACAAUUCCAUAUCUUGGAUUUUUGAAAUCCUCACACAUCCACAAUGGUAUCAAAAGCUUCCACUAUAUCAAUGAACAAAGGACAGGAGAUUAAAAUGGAUGUGUAUUUCAAUUGCUAUGAUAAUUGACGAUGUACCUCCAGUUCUGCAGAAGAAUUAAUUUCAUCAAAAUUCAGGGGCAUAAUGAUAUCUUUCUCGGGAGAAGAUACAGAAAUUCCUACUUCUUCGGCAGCAGCAUUGGCGUCUGAGUUACUAUCC